CUUGGCCCACCUCUCGCGCGCGGAGAUGGCGGAGCUGGACGUCGGGCGGCACUGCCAGCAGGCAAGGACCGAUGUUUCCUUCAUAGGGAAGCUUAGCCGACUGGGUUUUGACUAUUUUCUUCCAUUUGUAUGUGAUGGAUGUUCAGGAGUAUUUUGCCUUGAACACAGGAGCAGAGAGUCCCAUAGCUGUCCUGAGGUGACUGUCCUCAACAAGAGACCGAAGUCAGACACCCAUACAUCUCACCCGUGCUCUUUCAGGGACUGUGCUGAGAGAGAGCUUGUGCCCAUCAUGUGUCCUUACUGUGAGAAGAACUUCUGCCUGAGACACCGUCAUCAGUCAGAUCACAACUGUGAAAAACUGGAAAUCCCUAGGCCUCAUAUGGCUGCCUCUCAGAAACUCGUCAAAGACGUUAUUGAUUCCAAGACAGGAGAGACAGCAAGUAAACGACGGAAAGGUGCAAAAAAUAGUGAAACAGCUGCAAAGGUAGCACUGAUGAAAUUAAAGAUGCAUGCUGCUGGAGAUAAAUCAUUGCCACAGACGGAAAGAAUUUACUUUCAGGUUUUCUUACCUAAGGGGAGCAAAGAGAAGAGGAAAGCCAUGUUCUUUUGCCGAGGAUGGAGCGUCGGAAAGGCCACAGACUUUGCAGCUUCUUUAGCCAGCCUUAAAAAUGACAACAACAGACUAACAGCUAAGAAAUUGAGGUUAUGUCACAGUGUCUCAGGAGAGGCCUUACCCUUGGAUCAUAUUUUGGAAACCUGGAUUGCUAAGGAGGAUUGUCCUUUGUACAAUGGUGGAAAUAUUAUCUUGGAAUAUCUGAGUGAUGAAGACCAGUUUUUAAAAAAUGUUGAUUCUUACUUGGAAUAGCCAUGCAGGGACUCAAGCCAGAAAUCAAGAAGAAAAUUCAACAUUAGUCAACUUCUUUUACCACAAAUACUAUAUAUAUGUAUAUUUUUAAAGUUCCUUUUGAAUUCCAUUAUGUCAUAAUUUACAUUAUUAGUCUUCUAUUAAAUUGAAUUUGAAUUUUUGUGUUUUCAAGUGUAA